CAAAGAAACGCAUUAAUUAACCGGGGAGUGUUCCUGGUUGGCCGGCCCGGGUCUUCCUCUCCCCGGAUCCGAGGCAUCAUUGGUCAUCGGCUCUAUUGAAUGAAGCGCCGCAGAAACGUGCAGCAGGAGGAGGAAGCAGCAGCUCUGUGUGCCGCCGCAGGGAGCGACCGACGCACAGCAACACGACCGCUGGGCGGGCUGCGGUUGUGGUCGCACACCGGUAAUCUGUCGACCAAAGGCGGCUGGCUCUGUCCCGGAGCUCGGUGUCGGAGAGUGAAUGAGGUUGAUGCUGCUCUGCUGCACCUGGAAGGACGAACGCAUGGGAGAGGAGGAAGCUGGAGGAAGUUUGCCCGUCUGUGCGGGGUGCAAACAGAGGAUCUAUGAUGAGCAGUACCUGCAGGCCCUCAACACAGACUGGCACACUGUCUGCUUCAGAUGCUGUGAGUGCAGCGCCUCGCUGUCACACUGGUAUUAUGAAAAAGAUGGACGGCUCUUCUGCAAGAAGGACUACUGGGCCAAAUUUGGGGAGCUGUGCCAUGGCUGCAAUGACCCGAUCACCACAGGCCUCAUCAUGGUCGCAGGAGAACAGAAAUAUCACCCAGAAUGCUUCACCUGUCUGAACUGCAGGGCAUUCAUCGGUGACGGAGACACAUACGCUCUGGUGGAGAGAUCCAAAUUGUACUGCGGGCAUUGUUACUACCAAACUAUCGUCACCCCUGUGUCCCUGCCUGACUCGCCAUGCUCAAGGAUCCCUCACACCGUCACACUCGUCUCCAUCCCAGCCACUGCAGAGGGAACCAACGGACGCAGAGGGCGAGGUUUCUCCGUGUCCAUUGACCAGCCGCUUAGCCCAACCAACGGCUUCAGUCCUGAACAUGGACCCACCGUCAGAGUCUCCCAGGUGGAUGCGGACUGCAUCAGUCCGGAUGUGAAAAACUCCAUUCAUGUUGGAGACAGGAUCCUUGAGAUCAACGGGACGCCCAUUCACAACGUCCCUCUGGAUGAGAUUGACCUUCUGAUCCAGGAGACGAGCCGGCUGCUGCAGCUCACCAUCGAGCACGACCCUCACAGUCAGGGGCAGGAGGGCGGCUCCUCAUCAACAGAGGAGCAGGUGGACGGCCCCCUGUCCACUCCUCUGUCAGAGGGUCCCAGCCCCAUCCUGCCCAUCACCCAGCCCCCCAACUCAGACUUCAGCCACAGAAAAUCCCGCAUCAUUACGCGGAGCUACAGCAUCGAUAAGUCACCAGGCUCCAGCAAUGCAGCAUCCCCCGUCUCCCAGAGGAAGGACAUCAAUCGAUCAGAGUCACUCCGAGUCGUCUCCAACCGGACGCACCGCAUCUUCCGCCCCUCUGACCUCAUCCAUGGAGAGGUGCUGGGGAAGGGCUGCUUCGGACAGGCCAUCAAGGUGACCCACAAGGAGACGGGGGAGGUGAUGGUGAUGAAAGAGUUGAUUCGCUUUGAUGAUGAGACUCAAAGAACAUUCCUGAAAGAGGUAAAGGUCAUGCGCUGCCUGGAUCAUCCCAACGUGCUCAAGUUCAUUGGAGUCCUCUACAAGGACAAGAGACUCAACUUCAUCGCAGAGUACAUCAAGGGAGGCACUUUGAGAGAAAUCAUCAAGAAAAUGGACGGCAACUAUCCCUGGAACGAACGAGUCAGUUUUGCAAAGGACAUAGCGGCUGGCAUGACAUAUCUGCAUUCCAUGAACAUAAUCCACCGGGACCUCAACUCACACAACUGCCUGGUCAGAGAGGACAACACUGUUGUGGUGGCAGACUUCGGGCUGUCUCGGCUCAUGGUGGACGACAAACACGAGGAGAAGUUGUCGCAGGGGAGUAAACUGUCUGGCCUGAAGAAGCCGGACCGCAGAAAGAGAUACACUGUGGUGGGAAACCCUUACUGGAUGGCUCCUGAGAUGAUCCACGGGAAGAGCUACGAUGAGAGAGUAGACAUUUUCUCCUUCGGUAUCAUGCUCUGUGAGAUCAUUGGCAGGGUGAACGCAGACCCAGACUACCUCCCCAGGGCAAUGGACUUUGGGCUUAAUGUGUCUGGCUUCCUGGAGCACUACUGUCCCCCAAACUGUCCCCCUGCCUUCUUCCCCAUGGCUGCUGUGUGCUGUGAUCUUGAUGCAGACAAACGACCUGCUUUCUCCAAACUGGAGGGGUGGCUGGAGAAUCUUAAGAUGCACUUGGACAUUGGUCUACCCCUGAUGUCUGAGCUGGACCAUCUGCACAAGGCCUUCUGGCAGAAAAACAGCAUCAUGCGCCCUGAAAACGGCCUGCACACCCACCCUGAACAACCGGAGUAGGGCCGAAUGCGACCGGAAGAGUGGGAAGUUAGAGUUAACCCCAUAUGGGCAGCCAUCUCCUGCCUGGGUGGCUGGAGGAGAGGAUGUGAACACUCCUCCAUGUUUGAAGCAGAUGCUGGGAGCGUUGGCUGGCUCAGGCUCAACGAGUGGACUCGGGGGGGAGAGUGUGGCUCUGAAGAGCCACUUGUGCAAGAUGCACACACAUUUUACGUCAAAUCUAGAGAGAUUUACUACAGUAGCUUGAGUCUUCUGCAGCCAAAGCUUCAGUGGAUUAUGUCAUAUGCAAUCAAACCCGACUUUCAAAUCAUGACGUGUAGAUUUAACCUUAGUGGUCAUUCCAUUCAAGGAUACUUUCCUGUUCUUACUGUAGUGUGUAUAUUCAUGUGGAUUAAGCAUAAAAACAUAGAUUACAGCAGAUCUUCAGCCUCCUCACUUUAGGCCCUUACAGAGUACAUUGUGCCGUGUGUUUGCAGGUGUUUCUUUGUGAGUUUGGUUUUGCUUUUAGUUUGGAUAUCAACUCUGAACUUCUGAAUAUUACCAAGGAGAGGAGUUUGUCUGUGACUUCAGACACAAAUGUUUAAGAUCCACUUGCUGUCCACGUGUACAAGUCAAACAAAACCUUUCAAGCUUUAAGUAGCUCACUGAAGUGUGCAUGACUGUAAAUAAUGCUGUCAGGUCAAAUCCUGGUUCAUUGUGUUGCUCUGACCUUGUUUGGUCGUAAACUCCUAUAUCCACACGUGUCUGUGGCACUGCCCCUGUCCAACAUGUAUUGUGUAGCACUGACUUAACAUUGAGUUACACAUUAUUUGCAUACAUGUGGUACGUUGUUUUAAAUUUCAAGAGCUGUUAUCUCAUUCAUAUUGACAUGGCAUCGUAUACAUUUGAACACAUACCAUUGUAAAUAGCUGGCAACAUUGUAAAUGUUUUAAAUAUUGUAAAUGUAAAGACAUAUUUUAUAUACGUAAGCUACAUUGCCAUAUUUUUAUUGGAUGACCAGUGAAAUUGAAAUUAAGGAGAGUUCAAGUUUGACUGCGAUUAAUAGGACACAGCCAAACUUCUUCCUUUUUUGCUGUUUUUUUUAAAUACUGUCACCAUUGUGGCAAGUUGAGAGCUUUUAGGUUUUGAGAAUAAGAGAAAUUGUAUCGACAGGAAUUAUCCCCUACCCUCAGUCCAAACACAUUUGAUGUUACAUUCUGUCAUUGUCCUCCAUCUUCAAAGAGAUGUCAGAGUUUUCAGGUGCCGCUUAAGGUGGGCUGGAGUACAUUUAUUUUAAAAUUUAGACAAUCUUAUCACGUCAAAUUAGCUGAAACAAAUCUGGACAUUAUGAUCAACACCGUUAUGUGAUUUGAGAAGUUUGAACGCUUGAAUGUGUUUUUGAGCUGCUAACUGAAUGAAAUAAAAACACAUCAACACUGGUAUUCUAAUUUUUUUUUUUUUAAUUGGCAUUUCUUAGGUUGUAAAUGACAUUUCAUGUACUGUUAAAAAUCAGCUCUUACAUGGGGUGAACCAGGUGGGACUUAGUGUAAUGAGAUUAUAUUGUAAAAAGGAAAUAUAGAAUCUUCUAUUAAUCAAUGUUACAGAGCUACUCUUGCUUUAAACAUCUAUGUUCCCAUCCUGCCCCCUCUCUCCAGCCGACUAUUUUUCAAGUAUUUAAAAAAAGUUAUUCAUAGGGGUGGAGUUUGGUUUAGACCUGGCAUGAAGUGACACAGUAAUUCUACUAUCAUCUCAUGUACUGUACAGUGAUUCAGAUGUAUUACAUCACCAGGUACUGCCUCAUCAUGUCAGCUGUCUGUUCUUGUAUUCGUCUCUCCUCUUAGUGGACAGCCCACUCUUUGUUUACAUGUAAAUGUGUGCUGUAAAUAUCACUCAUAUGUAUGUAAUUGUCUUAACCCCUGUCUGCGUGCAUUGCAUAAAUAUGCGCACUCCCAUAACAAUAAUCUCUUCCAUGCUCAGUUUCUCUCUUGCACCUUCUAAUUUUUCUAUCUCUGGACUAAAAAUCUGUUUUUCUUAAUUUCAUGCCGUUGUUUUCAAAAGCUGUGUGUUGUGCUAAGUCUGCUCAGCUUAGAUUGAGCUGAUUUCUCUUUAAAUUAUGUCAUUUUAAAUAAGAAAACAAAGAGUGAAAGACAAAAAAAGUGGACAGAAAGCCAGACUAAAAAGGAAAUGAGAAAAAACACAGCAUCUGUUUUUUACACUGAUAUAAAUAACCACUGAGAUCUUUUUGUAUAGAUUUUUAAUUUGCACUAUUUAACUAUAUGGCGUGUUGAAGCCAUGUUUGUUAAUUUCCUCUCUUGGGCUAACUUGUGAUAAGGAAAUAAAUUGUGUCGGUUCAGGUUGUUAUAUGAAUGCAAAGACACUGAUAGAGCCUUUCAACUGUAAAAAUGGGAUCUGAGAAAUUCAUCCUCUUGAAAACAACAUUUCAGAUUAUCCUUAUGGAUUUUUUCUUUGGUUUAACUUAAAAAAAUCAAUACUUUCAGAAACCUUUUCAAUCCCUCAAUUUAAUUUAUUUUGAGAUCAGCCAUACAAACUUAAACAGACCUAAAAUACCAACACUACCACUUUCAAAGUUGUGAUUUUGUUUACCAAGAGGAUGUCUUUUCUCAGCUUGCCUGCUGCCUACAGACUGGUCCUUUGUGAAUGAUGUCCUGUGUUGUUUCUGACUACUUGGUUUUGUAUGUGUUGCCCACAGAGGCUGCAACCACUGCAGGUCUUUCUGAUAAAAGAGCACUUAAACUAUCUCACCUCUCACCUCUUCAUAACAACUCUUUUGGCUCAGGGCCGCACUUUUCUGGAGCAUAAGUCGCUUGAUUCAGUUAAUUCAGCAGAUUAACAGGAUAGCAGCUUUUAACCGUAAUAGUAAAACUCACAGGGCAUGUAACCUGUCAGUGUUUAGGCUGAUAACACAAAAUGCGCUUAUGUAAAACAAGCACCCCCUCCCGGUUGAUGUGUUCGUCUGCGGGCAUGCACUGUACACACUUGAUGCUUAGCCGUGUUUCUGUCUUCAGUCCCGUCUGAGCCAUGUCAAGCAUGUUAGGUGUGACUGUGAGGAAACGUUGAUGAUCACUGAGAAUGUCGCCGCAGCACUUCUUUGCAAAGGAUCUUUACCUCUGAACAAUGCUGUGCCUUUGUUGUAAGCUAGCCUUGCCAACGACUCGAAAACGUGAACUGAUUUCCUUUUUUUUAAUGUAUCAUAUGUGCAAGCCUGAUUCAAGUGGAUUGAAUAUCAUUGCUGAUACUGUGUUGUAUGAGAUUUCAUCUUGUUCUGUAUUAUAUUUAUUUUUUCCAGAUCUCCAUUGUCAGUUUUGAUAAUUUAAUAUUAUAUUUCUUUUGGUCUUAUUUAAUUUUUUUACACAAGCUGUGAAAACAAUUCUGCACUUUAAUCCUGAACGUGAACAUUUAGACGAUGAGGAGGCGACUGUUUUUUUUUCCUUUUGUCACAGCUAAAAAUAAAACUGUUGCUUCUAAAACACA